AUGUACCUCAACAGCCGGGACCUCACCUGGGUUUUUCAGGUCUCCGAGUCAAUUCGAAGGCUCUCCGCUCCAACAAGUCAGCUGUGGUUGAAAGACAGGAACGCCAACCGGUUGUUCGACUCCCAGAACAAUGCGGCUUCAGGCUACCAGAUUGGGGACGACUGCAAGCCUGCCUGCAAAGAUGAGAACAACAACUAUGACGUCACUAAAGAAGGUGCAACCCUUGGGACCAUGAAGUUCUACCAGGGAUCCGAGCUGUACAUCGAAUGGCACAAUCAGCAUGGCUGUGGCGUGGGGCACCCAAAUCUUCACUGCCAGAUCAUCCUGCAGUACAUGACCGACACAGACAAUCCAAACCUCCGAGACGGAACUGACCAGGACAGUGCGGGUGGAGAUGACAAUGACCCCACCGAGGAAACAGCCGAAAUCGCUCGAGGAUACCACGAGCCAUUGGAUUAUUAUCAGGCCUGCAUUGAACGCGAGCGGAACAAGGGUCUUUACACUGCAGAUCAGCAGAUCGAAGCAAAUGGUGGGGCUACAUCCACGCGUCAGAACCCGAAUGGCAACGGUCGCCGUCGCGGAAACACGCGGCAUGGCCUGGAGUGCCCGGAGGAGCGGGACUACUAUCCCUACUGGCACCCAACGCCUUGGCAUGACAUUGCCAUCCUCACUGACGAGCCACAAAUACGCUGCGACUACUACCGUGCCGAGUCCCAGAACGUGAAGCCAAAGGGUCUGUGCUCCAACUCCUUGUACAACCAGGUGGACUGCCUGAGCCCUAAACCCUCAGCCCGGAAGCCCUGA